AUGUCUGACCCUAAGCCUUUGCCCUUUAUGUACCAGUUCCUCUCCGGCGCUAUUGCCGGAGUGUCUGAAAUCAUGGUCAUGUACCCCUUGGAUGUCGUCAAAACAAGACAGCAGUUGGCCACCACGGCCGACUACAACGGUACCAUCAGAUGCUUGAAGAAAAUCGUUGCCGAGGAGGGCUUUUCCAGAUUGUACAAGGGUAUUUCCGCGCCGAUUUUGAUGGAGGCGCCCAAGAGAGCCAUCAAGUUUGCCGCCAACGACGAGUGGGGAAAGUUCUACAGAAACGCGUUUGACGUGCCCAAAAUGACGCAGCCCUUGGCUGUUUUGACGGGUGCCACUGCCGGUGCCACCGAGACUUUUGUGGUGGUGCCUUUCGAGUUGGUGAAGAUCCAGUUGCAAGACAGAACCUCCAAAUUCAACAGCGCGGGCGAGGUUGUCAAGCACAUCAUCAAGUCCGACGGAAUCUUGGGCUUGUAUAAAGGCUUGGAGUCCACCAUGUGGAGACACGUGGCCUGGAACGCCGGGUACUUUGGCUUGAUCCACCAGGUGAGAACCUGGAUGCCCCAGCCCAAGAGCUCGUCCGAAAAGACCCUUAUAGAUUUGACGUGCGGCACCAUCGGAUGCACUUUUGGAACCAUGUUGAACACUCCAUUUGACGUGGUCAAGUCCAGAAUCCAGGCCGGAUCCUCCAAGUACAUCUGGACCAUUCCAUCUGUUCUCACUGUCGCCAAGGAGGAGGGUGUCGGCGCCUUGUACAAGGGUUUCAUCCCCAAGGUCUUGAGAUUGGGCCCAGGUGGCGGUAUCCUUUUGGUGGUCUUCACCACCUGCAUGGAUUUCUUCAGAACGCUCCAGAAGGAUUGA